AUGCUAAGAAGCUUUUCAGACUUAGAGGCUCAACGGCAAGCUUAUGAACUCUUUUACGAAAAUCAGGCAAAACAAGUGAAAGAGGAUGGCAUACGUUUUCCAAGUGAAGAUAUUCCCGAUGAGUUUGUGGAACUUCGAGGAUUUCUUUUUCCACUUGAGCAUGAAUAUGGACCGCUGAAUGCUGAUCAGGCAUUUUAUCGUGAUUAUUAUGAAAGAAUUCUGAAUGGAGAAAAUGAUUCAGAGGAAGUAGAAGAAGUAGCGGAAUGGGAACGCAGAUCUCUAGCAGAGUAUGAGGAAAGUUUGAAAUCUAAGAAGAAGUCGAAGAAGCGGAAGAAGGUUGGGGAUGAGGUUUGUUUUGAUUGGAAGUCUGUCUCUCAUAUCAUUUGAAU